UUCCACUUAUUUUACCAGCAUAGAGUGUGUGCUAUGUUGGUUAGUGAAUAAAAUGCAAAAAUCCUUACAUUUAUUGAUGCAAUACAUCAUUGGCCCAUUUUGUCCAGUAAGUGAGAAAUGGAUGUAGCUUAGCUAACUUGCUAAUGGGAUGUCAUCUUCAGCACAUACUGUAUUGCUACAAAAUCUUCCACACACUGUAAUGCCCGUACUUGUGAUUAAGGAAGAUGGAGUCAAAGUUGUAAUUCCAAUCGCGUUAUUAAUGUAAGAUACAGUAUUUUAAUGACGCCCUUAUAUUGUUUACAGAAUUCGACAAAUGUGACAAAGAGCGCUCUUAUUUUGAAGGCCGGAAUGUGUUAUGUGUGUGUUGAGAAUGGCAAUUGACGGUUGAUAUGCACUGGGUGCAAGAAUAAACGUGCUUCUCAUCUUUUUUCACUCAGAACCUGCACGUCGUCAGUGGCCAUUGUAAAAUAGUCCUUACAUUAAAGCAGUAAAACACAACACAGUGAAAAUAUACUCAUCCAAUACACUCAUCCAGCCUGAGUUGCGCACACACACAGCCUCCAUUCACGGUCUAUAACAGUACAGUUUCGAAGGUUUUUCGCCGCCGUUUCGACAUGUUUAGUAGUGUUUGUACGGUCCCUUUAUAAGCAACCGGUGGUCAGAGCGGCACUUCCUGUGUGAGCCCCGUUCACCAUGACGCAGCAGUCCGGGCACAGUGAGAAGGAACUACCACCGUGGCUAUGAAGCCGAAUAGCCAACGUCCAACGUGAAACUAACUUCACCACGGCACAUGUCUGCAUGGUUGCAUUACCUUCUUCUUGCGGGUGGCACGAGCCGAGUGGCGACCAGCUUUGAGGCGCAUUACUGCACCUACCAUGUUGGAGUGUGGCUCAGGGUUACAAACGUGAUACGGCAACCGGAUCGGGCCGAUCUCGUGGCGGAAGCCGAUAUUAUCCAAUCUUCACAAAUACAGCGGCUCGGCUGCUGAUCCCGCUCCUGAAGAUCAGAUCGGGACAUCCCUACUGUCAAUGCUAACGUGUCCGGGUCACCCAGGAGCUCAAGCACACUCACAAUGAUCAGAUGAGCCAAUUGCACAUCAAACACCAGACAGAGUGUGACCUCCUAGAGGACCUGAGGACAUUUAGCCAAAAGAGGGCGUCUGUAGAGCGGGACUACGCCCAGGCCCUGCAGAAGUUGGCCAAUCAGUACCUAAAGAGGGAAUGGCCUGGCAGCCUGUUGGAAGAAGAAGCGGAUCACAGGAACAUGUAUUGCGUCUGGAGGGCCUACUUGGAGGGUACGGUCCAGGUCACCCAGUCCAGGAUGACCGCCUGUGACAACUACAAAGUGCAGGUUGCCGACCCCGCCAAAACAGCGAGGCUGCAGAAGGAGCAGCAGCUGCGCAAGUGUAUCGAGCAGCUGACGACCAUCCAAGCUGAGCUGCAGGAGUCCGUCAAAGACCUGGCCAAGAGCAGGAAGAAGUACCAGGAGGCGGAGACAAUGGCGCAGGCCGUGCGGGAGAAGGCCGAGCUGGAAGCCAAGUCCAAGCUGAGCCUCUUCCAGUCCAAAUCUAGUCUGCAGAGGGCAACUGUCAAGCUGAAAGCCAAGAGGAGCGAGUGCAACUCCAAAGCCACCCACGCCAGGAACGACUACCUUCUCACGCUAGCAGCCGCCAACGCUCACCAGCAACGCUACUACGACACAGACCUCAGCGACUGCCUCAAGGUGUUGGAUGGCAGGAUUUACGAGCAGGUGAAAGAUUACCUGGUGUCGCUGUGUCAAACUGAGCUGGAGACCUACCAGGCCGCGCACAACGUGUUCAGCCGGCUCUCCAACAGCUCCAACGGGGUGUUGCAGGAGUUCCAUCAGCAGCUGUUUGUGCAGAAGAACCCAAUAUUCCAGAAAGUGGCAGACUUCUCGUACCAGCCCAUUGACACGGAUACGGUGACACAUCUGCUGAAAGAGAGCGGCAUGGCAGCGGAGCACAACCUGGACAAGGAGGCCAGGAAGUGGGCCAGUCGCGUGGCUCGAGAGUACAAGAGCAUCAUCCACACGCAAAGGGUCCUGGAGGAAUUUGGCGCUCAGGAGAGCUUGGACCACAACGCAGGAGAGCUGGAGACCAAGAUGGAGGUGGCCAGGCAGAGUCUUCGGAGGGCAGAGAUGGUAAAAGCGAAAGCGGAGGCUCGCCUGGACUUGCUGAGGGAAGCGGGCAUCACCGUGGAAACGUGGCUGAAGAGUGCCAUGAAUCAGGUGAUGGAGGAGCUGGAGAACGACCGCUGGAACAACCUCAGCAGCCAUGACCCUUCGCUAUCCGGAACCGCCGACCUGGAGCAAGAGGAAGACGAGGAGGAGACAGAGGACAGCGGCGAGGUAUUGGAUGACAGCAGCUCCAGCCCCUCCAGUACGCUGAAGAACUACCCCCUCACGUGCAAAGUGCUCUACUCCUACAAGGCCUCUCAGCCCGAUGAGCUGACCAUCGAGGAGCAAGAAAUCUUGGAGGUCAUCGACGACGGUGACAUGGAGGACUGGGUGAAGGCCAGGAACCGGAGUGGACAGGUGGGCUACGUCCCAGAGAAGUACCUCCAGCUGCCAUCCUCUAACAGCCUGCUGAGCAUGCUGCAGUCUUUGGCCGCGCUGGACGCCCGAUCCCAUUCCUCCAGUAACUCCACAGAACCCGAAAGUGAGCUCCCAACCGGCUCCGUCAACGGCGACUCCAGCGUGUCCUUCGCCAAGGCCCUGUAUGACUACACCGGACAAACGGACGAUGAGCUCUCCUUCCCCGAGGGCGCCAUUAUCCGCAUCCUGAGCCGGGAGACCCACGAGGACGACGGCUUCUGGGAGGGCGAGUUUAACGGCGUCGUCGGCGUCUUCCCCGCCGUCCUGGUGGAAGACCUGGCUAGCAGCAGCGAGAACGGAGAUGGACAGCGAGAGGGCAGUACUCGGUCUUCUCCCUGCCCGCUGGCCCACUGCGAGCGCUCCCCCCGAAGCCCCUUCCACUCUGGGCCACUCCAUAGCAGCCCGCUGCAGACACCCACCGUGUCGUCUCCACAGUCCAGCCCCUGCAGCGCCACAGCCUCGCCCAUCGGCAGACCUCCCUCCUAUCACAAUGGUCACCACAGGCCGGUGCCGCACAAAAGCCCCUUUCACAGUCCCGCCCAAGAAUCCCCUCAACCUCCCAAAUACCCGGAGGGCGGCUCAGGCACCAUCCGACCUGUCAGAGCGGCUCCUCCACCUCCGAAGCAGCACCCCCGGGGGCAGGUCAAGCGGCGGGAGGAGGUGGAGAUCACGCUGGUGUGAAGGCGAAAGCAACGCCGAGUAAACUUUGAGACACCCCCCCCUGCACUCCCUCAACGCUCUCUGAGGACACUUUGGAGAAAGCCUCCUUCGCUGGAAGAACAGUGCGGUGCCUUUUUCCGAACCGGGACAGAAUCUAAGAGUCCUAAAAAAAAAAAAAAAAAAAAUUAAAAAGACUCUUCAUCGUUGAACCCAAAAUACACAGUAUACUGUAUCUACUGCUUCAUUUUAGUUCCAAUUCUGUUUGAAUCCAGUUUGUGUCGGAAUAGCUAAUGGGGGGGCGGGGCGAGGCUGGUCCUGGCCACCGCUCGUAGCUUGUGCAAUGUUCGUAAAGAAUGACGGAUCCCACCCCACCUCACCCUCUUAACUAUUUGUUUGCUGUCUGCAAGAUGUUUAAGGGAAAUGCAACAUUCUUUUUAACAGUAAUUCUGACAUGGAAGCGUUCAUUUAAGGAGGGAAUCAUCCUCAUUUAAAGGGGAGAAAAAAUCUAUACUGUCACAAUGAAGCACUUUUGGAUGUCUUCUUAUUCCUUCUCAGUAUUGAUCUGUUGUGGAUGCUAAAUUGUUAAUGUUUUAUUUUCAACAUGUCUCCUUUGUUUACCAGCCUGUAUUGGAAUAAAUACUUGUAUCGUGUUAUUUAGCCUUAAGUAGACAUGAUAGCGUCUUAUAAGUAAUGACGUUUUAUUUUUGAAAGAUUUUAGUUUACAGAGAGCUUGGAGAUGGAUAUCUGUACAAAUGUUAGCGUUUGUAACUUUAGCGUUUAGAGUUAGGAUUUAAAAAAAAACCCUAUAUAGUUCAUCUUAAACUGCAGAAAAAAAGAUAUCUGUCAGCCACGUUGCUGUUUCUCGUUGAUCUCCUUGAGAUCUGAAUGACAUCAAACUUAUUUUUGAAGUUUGCAUUUACCGUCUUGUAUUGAAAGAAAAAAUAAAGAAGGCUUUGUUUUGGUCCCUAUAUUCCAUGUUUAGUUCAACAAUGUUAGCGCUGCAGUGGGGGCCCAACGUCACAUUUACACACAAGUGGAUGUUUAACAGUAUUUAUUGUAUAUAAAUAAAUGUGAAAUAAAGCUAGCUUAACGCAA